UUCAAAUCAGAGAGAGUGGCGAGCGAAAUAAUAAUGAGAAGCCAGAAGUGCACCAUGGGCUGUCCCGCACUCGAUCGCUUCCUCGCCGGUGGUGUCCCCUGCGACUCCGUCACCGAGUUCGUCGGCGAAAGCGGUUGCGGCAAAACGCAACUCUGCCUCCAACUCGCCCUCUCCGCCCAGCUCCCCCCCUCCCGCGGCGGCCUCUCCGCCUCCGCCAUCUUCAUCCACACCGAGUUCCCCUUCCCCCUCCGCCGCCUCCGCCACCUCUCACGCGCCUUCCGCGCCUCCAACCCCACCCUCCCCUGCCCCGACCCCUGCGACCGCGUCUUCGUACGCGCCGUCCACUCCGCCGAGGAAUUGCUCCACGCGAUUCCCACCAUCGAGGCCUUCCUCCUUCACUCCCGCUCGCGCUGGCGCCCCGUCCGGAUAAUCGUCAUCGACUCCAUCGCCGCUCUCUUCCGCUCCGACUUCGAUAACACCGGCUCCGACCUCCGCCGGAGGUCGUCGCUGUUUUUUCGAAUCUCCGGCGGGUUGCGGCGGCUGGCGCGGGGAUUUGGUCUGGCGGUGGUGGUGACGAACCAGGUGGUGGAUUUCAUCGGCGAGGGGGAAGUUAGGGUUGGGAAUUUGGGAAAUGGGCUUUAUUCGUCGGGCCGGAGGGUUUGCCCCGCGUUGGGCCUGGCUUGGGCCCAUUGCGUGAACUCGAGGGUGUUUUUGUCGAGGGAUGAAAAUGAGCCUGUGAAGACGAGGAGAAUGAGUAUUGUGUUUGCCCCUCAUUUGCCGCAUUCUUCUUGUGAGUAUGUCAUUAAAGGUGAUGGCGUUUUUGGCCUGGAGAUGCAGCAACAACAACACACAAAUGUUUGAACUUUGAAUUAUUUUUACCAACAUUCUGCACUCUUUUUUUGUAUUUAUUAUUUUCACAGUGCAAACCCAAAGUAUUAAGUUGAUUAGUUGAAUAGUGUUUUUGUUGUAUAUAUGAAAUUAUUAGAAUACCAGCAACUUUUAUAGUUCUCAUUA